AACGUCUCUCGUUAACAAUAGUUUGUUUAUUGCUUUAUAAUUAUCGAUAACAUCAGCCAUAACCAGCGCGUUUACUUCCUACAAUGGGAUUGAAAUCGUGGUGGAUCGAGUUAAAAACUAUUUUAAGAGAGAAAACCGAAAUCAACAUAAAAUUAUGGCUAGCCGCCGUAUCAACGAUUACUCGUAAAUCUUUCAUACCAAAUCAUUGGCUCAUCUUCAAACGAGAUGAAAAAAGUAAAAAGAAAAAUUCGAUUGUGGGUAAAACGAAAAAAUCGCUGGGUAUAAAAAAUAUUUGGAUGAAAAAGAAUGUUGAAGAAGCUAGCGGUGACCAUUAUAAAUUUUUUAUGGAAAAAUACGGUAGCAAGGAUACACGUGAUGAUUGUGAUGCAGAUUUGGAAGACUAUCGGUUUCAAAUGAUGUUGGCUACCGGCAGAUUGAAUUUGGAUUCCUUCACAGAUAUGAAUGAACUCGCUGCUCCAGAAACACAUUCAUCUCGUGAAAUGCUCGUGAAAUCAAAGGGGACCACUCCUAAAUUUUUGGAAUGGACAACAAAAUAACAGGCGAUAAAUGAUAGAAUUUUAGAAAUUUUUAAUUUAAUCAUAAAUAAAAUUAAAAUAUCUUACUGUACUGUACAUAAUAUCCACUGUUUCAAGAUUUUAGUCGAUAGUCAUUUAUUUAAUUUUUUUCAAAAAUUGAUAAAUAAAUUGUGUGGUUUUUUA